AUGGCGGAUUUCCUGCCGUCCAGGUCCGUGCUCAAAGUUUGUCUGCCCGUCUGCCUGCUCAACAGCGGCGAGGUGGAGCAGCUCCGCCGGUCCAAGGAGAUCGACCGGUGCCUGUCCCGGGAGAAGCCGUACGUGAAGCGGCUGGUGAAGAUCCUGCUGCUCGGCGCGGGCGAGAGCGGCAAGUCGACUUUCCUCAAACAAAUGCGGAUCAUCCACGGGCAGGACUUCGACCAGGGAGCCCGGGAGGACUUCCGAGCCACCAUCUACAGCAACGUUAUCAAAGGGGUUCGUGUGUUGGUGGACGCACGGGAGAAGCUGCACAUCCCGUGGGGCGACCCCAACAACCAGCAGUAUGGGGACAGCCUGAUGGCGUUCGACACCCGCUCGGCGAUGAUGGCCAGCGGGCAGCUCGAGACGUCCAUCUUCCUGCGGUAUCUGCCCGCCAUCAGGGCUCUGUGGGCAGACUCGGGGAUACAGAACGCCUACGAUCGCCGCAGGGAGUUUCAGCUGGGUGAGUCUGUGAAGUAUUUCUUGGAUAAUCUGGAUAAACUGGGCGAGCUGGAUUAUCUCCCCAGUCAACAGGACAUCCUGCUGGCCCGUAAACCCACCAAAGGCAUCCACGAGUAUGACUUCGAAAUCAAGAACGUUCCCUUCAAGAUGGUGGACGUGGGCGGGCAGCGCUCCGAGCGACGGCGCUGGUUCGAGUGUUUCGACUCGGUCACCUCCAUCCUCUUCCUCGUCUCCUCCUCAGAAUACGAUCAGGUGCUGAUGGAGGACAGGCAAACUAAUCGGCUGCGUGAAUCCCUCGACAUCUUCGAGACCAUUGUCAACAACCGCGUCUUCAGCAACGUCUCCAUCAUCCUCUUCCUCAACAAGACAGACCUGCUGGAGGAGAAGGUGAAGAACGUUCCGCUCAAGGACUACUUUUCCGACUACACCGGGCCGGAGCACAGCCUGCCGGACAUCCAGGCGUUCAUGGUUGAUUGCUUCCGGACCAAGAGGCGCGACGCCACCCAGAAGCCCCUGUACCACCACUUCACCACAGCCAUCAACACGGAGAACAUCAGGCUGGUGUUCCGGGAUGUCAAGGACACCAUCCUCCACGACAACCUCAAACAGCUCAUGCUCCAAUGACCAUGGUCGACCUGUGAACGUAGAGGACCUGAACGAGGACACGACCUCCCCCUCGUUCCUAAAGAGGACGUGAGAGAGACCACAGCCUCAGAAGAAUUCAGUAGACGUCAGCGUUGUUCUUCAGCCGUUUUUAUAUUAGUUUUUACACUCCUCAUUUGAAGAGUUGGCCUUCUUCAGGGUUUGGUAGGGGAACGAGUCAGCAGGGCGGACGGUCUGUGGUUUCAAAAGAAAGGAGUAAAAAAGACGAGCAGGCAGUUUGGAUGUUUGGUGAUGUAUGAUCUCUGCUGCUUUCGUUUUGAGACCAUCUCCUCCGGCCUUAGCUCGGCCUCACAGCACAAGACACAACACCCCAGUGCAAAGACUCCCAGCUCCAGUGCCUGGCUGUGGAAACCAGCGAAACAAUUAACAAACAAGGGGCACGUGGUUCCCUCACCAGAUAAACCACACAGGAAAUUACCACGGUGAAAUACGUACUUUGAUACAACAUGCAAGAGAAGAGUUAGACGGUCCAAAUGUACCAAUAUUAUCUGUGCCAGAGUUGAUUUGCCAGUCUUUGUCCAAGCACUGAAUUCAUCUAGUCUGAAAUCACUCCCUUUGUUUCAGUUGUACUAUCCAGUGCUGCUUUGUGAACAUUGUUUCUCAGCCCCUGCUGUCUAUACGGGGUUUCUGAUGAUCUGGAGACUGAACAAUUGUCCUUUUUUUUUUUUUUUUCUCAUCAUAAGGCAGCACCACUCCUUUCUCUUCCCAUCCCACUUAUGUUUUCUUGUUUGAACGUCAGCAGAUUGACGGUGCUGGCAUGCUGCAAGUGUCCCCAGAACGAGGACCAGCUCGUUGAUGGUGAAAGAGUCGAGAACUGUUAAAGGAUUUUAAGGAAACUGGCUCCUGGAAAACUGCUAGAAAAGUGUAAGACAAUAACUUUCCACUUAGCGUCUCAUAAGCAAAUAAAUUGAAUCCUGCAUUUGUGCCUCUUUGUUAAACAGAACAUGGAGUCCAUGUUGUUGAUGAGUUAAUGCUGACGUCGUUGUUGGUGACCUAACUGAAUCGUUUAAUCUCAAUCUGGCAUAGUGGUCAGACUCGGGUAGACCACAGUCAGCUGGGUAGUGUUUGGUACUGUCCCCGAUCCUCGGCCCCCCCUUCAUUCCUUCCUCUGUCUCUGUCUUCAUCUCUGAUUAGAUGCCACGUAAAGGGACGGACCUCCCCUGUUUGCCUGAUGAAUGUGUGUUAAUAGAUGUACAGAGAUUUGCUCUAGAUGGUCUGAAUAUACUGUAACCAACGUUGCCUGUGGUGAGCUGUAACCAGUCGUGAGAAUUUCUCUGUCGGCACUGAGUUGUGACUCCAGAUCUCUGUGUUUGUUUUUUACAUGCGAUCUUGUGCUGUUUAGGAUUUCCCUUUUUUUUUUUUUUAAAUUACAUUUGUAGAAGAGAAUACAGACACAAAAAAAGCCACUGGAGCUGAAUAGUUUUGUCAGCGGCUGUUUUCUGUCGGGGGCCAAUCUUUGUUGUAGGACAACUUCCAGGCACUGUUCAAAUCUCUGUUUCUCUGCCAGAUCACCCCAUGCCUUCUUGACUGCUCACAUCCACAGACUGUAGUUUUUCUCUCCUCCUGUGAGCUUCAGUUUCGCUUCCAGUCCUGGCUUUGUACAUACUGUAAUCUGUUGCCAUGUAAAUAAUAUUCAGGUUUAUCUCCUUUAUAUGUAAAUGGUUGUAGAAAUGGCAUCUUUGUUUUUUUCUUCUCCAUUCUGAAUGUGUUUCAAAUCACUGCUUUUCCAAUGAAGAUGACUUUUCCAUGUAGAUGUAUUUUUGUGUAAUUUUUACAUUGCUCUUUUGAAAUUCAUUCCUGUGUCAAGUCUCAUACCACUCUAACCCUCUCAAUAAAUACACUUUUCUAAUGAAA